AUGAAGCACACAAUUUGCUAUUUGGUAGAAAGCCCCAAUGGAGAUGAAAAGAGAGCGUGUGCCCCGACGGGCAGAGGAGAGAGAGCGUGCCCCAAUGGGCAGAGGAGAGAAUGCCCCGACGGGCAGAGGAGAAAGAGCUUGCCCCGAUGGGCAGAGGAUAUUGAGAGCGUGCCCCGAUGGGCCGAAUCGAUUGAGAGCGUGCCUCGAUGGGCCAAAGAGAUUGAGAGCAUGCUCCGAUGGGCCGACGAGAUUGAGAAUGUGUUUGGUGUUGAAGUGAAGUCUGUGUCGGCGACUGAAGGAGACUCUGUCUUUCUACACAUCAGUGUUACAGAAGAACAGAGAACUGAUGAGAUCGAGUGGCGGUUUGGAAAUGAUAUUCUGAUAGCUAAACUCAACAGAAUGAAUAAUAUGAGCAGAUUCUAUAAUGAUAGUGCUGGCGGGAGAUUCAGAGGGCGACUGAAGCUGGACAAUCAAACUGGAUCUCUGACCAUCACAAACAGCAGAAUCUCAGACUCUGGACUUUAUAAAGUAACCAACAUAAACAGCAAACCACUCUUCACAUUCACCUUUACUGUCUAUGUCCCUCUGCCUGAUACUGUUAUCAGCAGAGACUCCUCAAACAAUAAAAAAACAUCAUCAGGAACAGCGAGCCAUGAUUGUUCAGUGGUGUGUUCAGUGGUGCAUGUGAGUGCUGUGAGUCUCUCCUGGUACAAAGGAAACCAUUUAUUGUCCAGCAUCAGUGUGUCUGAUCUCAACACGAGCAUCUCUUUGCAUCUGGAGUGUCUGGAUGAUUCCUACAGCUGUGAAGUGAAGAAUCCCAUCAGCAACCAGACUCAACAGCUCAACAACACUGAUCUCUGUCAGCCAUGUCCAGAACGAGUCCACUGCUGUGGUUUUACUGAAAUGUUGAUCCGAUUGGUUCUCUCUGCUCUGGUGGGUGUGGCUAUUGUCACUUUGCUGAUUUAUGAUUUCAGAUCCAGACAUCUUUGA